AUGCCCCAGCUGCCAGAGCACAACCCAGUGCAGCCCGCAAGCCUCGCGUGGCCCCGUGCCACCACAGCGGCCUGCGGUCCCGCACUGCGGGCCGGGAUCGCCGUGUCGGCAGCAGCCCGUGCUGCGCAGCUCGGCUCCCGGGAGCUGGCGGCCGCGGCGCGGCCGCCCGCCGUCGCGGCGGCGCUGGAGGCGGCGUCGUUCGACGCUCCGGGCGCUGCGGCGUGCGAGCGCUUGGCUCGGGACGUGCCGGGCUUCGGGCACCGGGAGCUGUCGGGCCUGGCGUGGGCGGCCGCCGUGGCGCACUUCGAGCACCCGCCGCCAAUGGCGGCCGUUGGCGGCGCAUCGCGGGCGCAGAUGCCGUGGCUCGGACCGCAGAGCCCUUGGAACGUGGCACGGGCUCUGGCCACGGCCGCCCACUGUGACAGGCCUGCCAUGGAAGCGCCCGCUGAUGCCGCAGUACAGGCGGCCUGA